AUGGAGACAAUAAGGUUAGUAACUGCAUUAGCACAUUACAAUAAAUGGUCAACGCAUCAAAUGGAUGUAAAGUGUGCAUUUCUGAAUGGUCCACUUGAAGAGGAAGUGUAUGUGGUUCAACCACCAGGGUUCAUAGACAAAGAGAAUGAAUCAAAGAAAACAAAUGAAGGCCUAAUACUUCAUCAGAGAAAAUAUGCAAAUGAGAUUUUGAAGAGGUUUAAAAUGGAUAAAUGCAAUCCAGCACUCACUCCAUCAGAACCUAGACUUCAGUUGACUAAAGAGACAGAUGAAAGGGAUGUGGAUGCAAUUGAGUAUAGAAGACUCAUUGGAUCUUUGAGGUACUUGUGCAACACUAGGCCUGACAUACCCUACAAUGUUGGCAUAGUCAGUAGAUACAUGGAAAGGCCUAAGAUUUCUCAUUUGUCUGCAACAAAGAGAAUCUUAAGGUACAUUAAAGGGACAUUAGACAGUGGAAUUGUUUUUCAAACAUCAGAUGGAAGUAACUUUGAUUUAGUUGGAUACACUGAUUCAGAUUGGUGUGGAGACAAGGAUGAUAGAAAGUCUACUGCUGGCUACAUCUUUCUGUAUGGUGGUGCACCAAUCUCAUUGUGCUCAAGGAAGGAACCUGUUGUAGCUCUAUCCACUUGUGAAGCUGAAUACAUUGUUGCUUCCUUAAGUGCUUGUCAAAGUGUUUGGUUAAGCAAUUUGAUCACAGAGAUAAGUCCUUAUAGGUCCGGAUAA